AUGUCAGCUAACGAAUUCUACAGAGAGGGGCAAGCAAAUAAUAAUAAUUAUAAUAAUAAUAAUCGUAAUGCUGGUUAUGUAAAUGACAAUAAAUCUAAUGGUUACAAUGACCCUAAUACAAAUCAAUAUUAUCAAAAUCAAAACGAGCUUGGAUAUUCAGAGGGUCAAGGUAUCCAAUAUGAUGCUAAUGGUCAAUCAAUCCCAAACAACGGUGAAAGAGGUCUCUUAAGUACAGUUGUAGGUGGAGCUGCAGGUGCAUAUACUGGGUCACGUAUAUCUCAAAAUCAUUCUAAAUUGGGAGGGGUUAUGGGUGCAUUAGGUGGUGCUUUUCUCGCUAAUAAGAUAGAAGAUCGUUAUAAAGAGCAUAAACAGCAAGCGCAAUAUUAUAACAGUGGCCAGCCAUAUAACAGACCACCACCACGAGACGGAAAUGGUCCUCAGCAUGGAGCUCAUCAUCAUCAACAUCCAAGUGGACCUCCAAAUAAUCAAGGUUUCUACAAUGGUCCGCCAUCACACGGUGGUCGUGGAGAUUUGGGUCCUCCAGGUGGGUUCCAGGGCGAUUGCCAAGGUGGUCCUCCAGGUGGUCCUCCAGGUGGGUUCCAGGGCGGUUACCAAGGUGGUCCGCCAGGUGGUCGUUGGUAA